AUGCCGAAACCAAAGCAAAAGGCUACAGCUUAUCAUCCUGACUGCAAAUACACAGUCGAAGAAUACAACCAGUUCGCAGGAUCCUUCCCCGCGAUCGCUGGGGCCAUGGGGUUACCAAAAAUCAAACCCCUGGUCGAUAUGUACCUGGAAGAUCACAACAAGGACACGAAGCAGCUUCUUCAUGAUCUUUACAAGGAUAGAGAGACGAAUUAUGGGAUUGAAAACGUGUCGUCGAUAUUGAAGCCCCGAAUCGUUGCUCUCAAAAUGUUGAACUCCCGGGACGAGAAGGCGUUCCAGGACAUUGCCCAUGAGGAUGAACGCCCUGAUUUCGCCCUAAUGGUCACUAGUGACAAGGUCAAACUCGCCCAUAUUGGCAAUAUAGCGACACUUUGGUACAUCACUCGUCUGGUUAUUCUGCAGCCCGCGCUAUUUAUCCUGUCGAGUGAGACAGUCAAUGAAAGCCCUGCUCGUCUGAAUGCUUAUGAUGUGGUACAUGCCACAUCGAUCUUUGCCACUUUUACCAAGCGAAUCAAGGAAGGAAAAGGCACAUUCAGGAUGCCUGAGUCCCGUCGUGAGGCAGUGGCUAGUCCUGCCCCCCUUUGUGGUCCCUUUGGCAGAAGUCCAACUGGAGACACAGUUGUAUCUGGUUCAGUUCUAGAAGCUGAUAAAAACUGA